AUUUUAAAAAAAAAUUAUCUGCUGCAGAAGGCUGAAUGCUGGUCAUUCUUGGACCAUCUCCACACGGCAUCAAUGGCUCAACCCAUUCCUAUCCCCACUCUCACUGUCCUCCCUCCGUCCUCCGAUAACGAGUCCUGGUCUCGCUCGCCCAGUCCGCAGGCCCAUCACCACCGUUCCCACCGCACCCGAACACGGGAGAGGAGGAGGACCGCCCCCGUGCAACGAGAAGAAUCCUCAGGGUCCACGUCGGUUGUUGACAAAACUGAGAGGAGAAGCCAGAGGCGAAGCCCCUCGCCAUGUACCCCUUCCCCAGUCCCUAAUGUGGAGGAGGGAGACCAAGGCAGCUCCUCGUCCCUCCUCCUCCUGCCGCCGUCUCGUUCGGGGUCGCGAAGCCCGUCCCCCAGCAGGCGUUCCCGAUGGUCCCUCCGCAGCCUUCUCUACAAAGACUCAGACUGGGACAGCUGCAGUACGGCCAGUAACUCUCCACGCAGCACUCCCGGCAGCUCGCCCUCCCUGCGGCGGCGGGUGCUGGGGGGCAGGGCCAGCGAGGGUGAGGGGGGCGGAGACCGGAGUGCGGGGGGAUCAGACAGCCCCUUACCUCCUACACCCUCUUCCUCCACCUCCUCAUACCCACUCGCAGCUCGCCACUUCACCCGCAAUGCCAAGAAAAUGCAGAGCUGGUACAAUGUGCUCAGUCCCACAUACAAGCAGAGGAACGAAGAUUUUCGCAAAAUCUUUAAGAAACUGCCGGAUUCAGAGCGACUCAUCGUGGACUAUUCCUGCGCACUGCAGAAAGACAUCCUGCUCCAAGGUCGCCUGUACCUCUCUGAGAACUGGCUCUGUUUCUACAGCAAUAUCUUCCGUUGGGAGACCACUAUCACCAUAUCAUUGAAAGAUAUAACCAGUCUGACGAAGGAGAAAACAGCCAAGCUCAUCCCUAACGCCAUCCAGAUAAGCACUGAAAAUGACAAGCACUUCUUCACGUCAUUCGGGGCGAGAGAUCGCAGCUUCAUGAUGAUCUUCAGACUGUGGCAGAACGCGCUGAUGGACAAGCCGCUGUCUCCCAAGGAGCUGUGGCACAUUGUCCACCAGUGUUACGGUACGGAGCUGGGUCUCACCAGUGAAGAUGACGAUUAUGUGUCUCCUACUGCUGAACAUAUGAACGGCCUGCUGCCUGGUGAGGAGCCGGUUUCUGUCACUGACCUGCUGGACAUUAGCACGGUGCCAGCAGUGGCUCCAGUUGGUUCCUCUCCUCCCUCCUCCUCUGUUCACCCCUGUCCUGCUGGCUCGUCGCCUCCCUCCUCCUUGCCCUCCUCCUGUCUGCCUGUUGAGGUUCCUGCUUCCCGGCUCAGCGCGGAGCCAGAACCCAGUCCGCCCAGUUCUCAGAGUUCUUUGCCUUCAACCACACACUCCACACACACUGGAGCUCCCUCUGCCUCUGCUAACGCGGAGGAAGGUGGGGACAGCCAGUCUGAGUCAGCCAAUCCCUUGCCUCCUCCAGCCCCACACAGCCUGGGUAACCUCUCCUCAUUGGACAUGACCAAUGACGAAGAACUUCCCACAGACCCCAGUAACUCCUCAGACACACAGGAAGAGAGUGAGGUGGAAUCGUUCUGUGCGGAUCUGAAUGGUCGGCUGCAUAUCAACGCGGUGGUGCGCAUGGGUGUGGACAAACUUCACGACCUCCUCUUCUCCUCUGACACACAUUUCAUCCAACACCUCUUCACCCAGCGCCACUUUACCGAUCUGUCGGUGCGGGAGUGGCAGCAGGAAGCCAGCACGGGCAACUCCACCAGAGUUCUCAGUUACACCAUUUCCAUCAACAACCCUCUGGGACCCAAAACUGCACCCGUAGUGGAAACACAGACUCUGCAUAAAAGCAGCGCUCGCGGUGAGUGCUAUGUGGUUGACUCCGAGGUCAUUACCUCAGGCAUCCCCUAUCAGGACUACUUCUACACUGUACACAGAUACUGCCUCACAUCAGUCAACAAGCACAAGAGCAGGCUAAGGGUUUCGUCUGAUAUCUGCUACAGGAAGCAGCCGUGGAGCCUGGUGAAAGCUCUGAUAGAGAAGAACACCUGGAGUGGAAUAGAGGAGUAUUACAGGCAUAUGGAGACGGAGGUCUGUAAGUUGGAGACACUGCUCCAGUCUGAGGUGUCAGUGGUGGGUUCAGGGGACCCAGCUGGUGCGGACUCAGCCAAGACGCCGCCCGCUUUACGCAGACGGAAACGUCACUGCUCCCGACGGGCAGGGGAGAGGGACAGAGAGAGAGAAGGAGCGGGCGCUGGGGUCGAGCGGGGUGAUAGAGGGAUUGAGGAGAGAGAAAGGAGAGAAACAAGUGUCCAGUAUCUGAAGUUGAGUGACAGGUCACAGGGAGCAGGCGGCACUGGCAGCAUCUCCACCUUACUGCUCAUAAUUAGCUUCAUGAUCUGUAUCAGUCUGGUAGUGCUGGUGGCUCUCAACAUGCUGCUGUUCUAUAAACUCUGGGCUCUGGAACGGGCUGCACACACACUGGAGACCUGGCACUCCUACUCUCUCACAGACAGCCCUCUGCCCCAGACUGCAGGUGAGUGGGCCCAGGUGCUACAGCUGCAGAGACAGUUCCACCAAGCCCAGCUCAAUAAGUGGCAACAGAUUCUUCAGUCAUCAGUCACGUUACUGGACCAGAUGAAACAAUCCUUGGAGAAGCUACACAGAGGAAUUGUCCCUCAGGAGUCCCAAUCGGAGACCCCCUCUGAACCCCUCACAGAGCACUGAUGAAAACCCCCCCCCUCUGUCCCACUUUGUCUCCACGUUUGCCCAUACAGAACACGCCUCACUCCGCCGGGAGCUGGAGCCUGGGGAAACGGGGCACGUGUUUUGACGUAUCAUUCUGGUUUUGAUGGAAUUUACAAAUCAGCAGUGGUGUAAUCUUUGGGUAAGUUACCCAACAUUCAGAUUUUACAACACCAAACGAUCCUGUUGAACCACAGCAAUAACGUCUCGGCGUAAGGCGCUGUAACCGUAUCCAAAAAUUACGGUUCUCGAGCCUCUUACUCACCCAACGUACAUGACCGUCAGAUGUUUUUCCGCACCUUGAGCCUUCUCCUUCCGGAGGUUUUUUUUUCACAAACCCCGAGGAAAACGGCUAGACUUUUUAGAGAUCAUCGUUUUUAAAGUGGUUGUAACCCGAACGAAGUCGAUCACGCAGGGAAAUCAAAUCAUUCGCAACCUACAUACAGCAACCAGUUUGCCUCCAGGCAGAACACCGAUCCGUUUUUCUGCUGCAGUUCCCGUUUGGGAAGAACUCCUCGAACAAUUUAAAGUAUGGGAUGUUUUAACAGGGAAAAAGGAUUUCUGUGCGUUCAGGGAAAGGACAUCUUGUUCGCCUCCGCCCUCCUCCGCCGGUCUCGACGCCAUCAGUGACCUCGGACAAAACCGGCGUUGGAGUACAAAGAUCAUUUCAGAAACAAACUGUCGUUAUUUUUUAGAUGUGAGAGGCACUCCCUACCUUUCAACACCAAAUCUUCAUGAUGGUGUUUUUUUUUUUCUCUCUCUUCCUCAAUCACUAAAAGACUGAACUUUGUAAAAAAAAAAAAAAACAAAAAAGAAAAGAAAGCGAGAAUGCUUGCGUUUGACCGUUACAGUAUUUAUUUACUAGACUUGAAUUUGAGUAUUCUCUCUUCGUCUCCAUGAAUCAUUCUGUGCAUUGUGUUCUGUGUCAUGUGUCACACAGGGACCAAGAGAGAUAUGAGUACUGAUUUUAGCAAUAAUGAAAAGCAAAUAAAUCCUUAGGAAUGAAAAGGGUGAUAUUGUAUGAUGGUAAAAUAUCGAGUUUGAAUGAUGAAAGAGUAAGCUUAUGUCACAGCGAGACUUAACGUAAUUUUUUUUAAUGUAUUUUCUGAUUUUGUGUGUAAUUUCUCACUCUCUCUCUCUCUCUCACAUGCACACAUACACACACACACACACAC